CUUCUUCACUGUGUUUUACUCAUUAAAACCUCAUGCAGACUCGAGCCGGUGCAUCAUGGAGUGCUGAGUUAAAUGGAUUCAUUGACCUUUGAGGAUGUGGCUGUGAACUUCAGCCUGGAAGAGUGGGUUUUACUGGAUUCUUCGCAGAAGAAACUUUACAGAGAUGUGAUGCGGGAAACCUUCAGAAACCUGGCCUCAGUAGGGAAAAAAUGGGAAGAUCAUGACACCGAAGAUGGGUACUAUACGCAGGGGAGAAAACUAAGAAGUCAUAUGGUAGAAAAACCUUAUGAAAACAAAGAGGAUCACUGUGGAGAAACCAUCACCCAGACUCCAGAUCUUAACCUGAACAAGGAAAGUCCUUCUGGAAUAAAACCACCUGAAGGUCCUCAGUAUAGAGAAACCAUCACCCAGACUCCAGAUCGUAUUCUGAACAAGAAAACGCCUUCUGGAGUAAAAUCACCUGAAGGUCAUCAGUGUGGAGAAACUAUCACCCAGACUCCAGACCUUAAUCUGAAUAAGAAAAGUCCUUCUGGAAUAAAACCACCUGAAGGUCGUCCGUGUAGAGAAACCAUCAUCCAGACUCCAGAUCUUACUCUGAACAAGGAAACGCCUUCUGGAGUAAAACCAUGUGAAUGUAGCAUGUGUGGAAAAGUCUUUGUGCGUCAUUCGUCCCUUAGUAGGCACAUCAGAUCUCACAGUGGACAUAAGCCAUAUGAGUACCACGAAUGUGAAGAGAAGCCAUACAAGUGUAAGGAAUGCGGGAAAGCCUUCAGUUACCGCAAAUCGGUUCACAGACACGAGAGGACUCACACUGGGGAAAAGCCCUACGAAUGUCAGGAAUGUGGGAAAGCUUUCACGUGGCUCACGACUUACCGAAGACACAUGAUAACUCACACAGGAGAGGGACCUUACAAAUGUAAGGAAUGUGGGAAGGCUUUCAGUUGUUCCACUUCGUUGCGAACACACGAGAGAACUCACACUGGAGAGAAACCCUAUCAGUGUAAACAAUGCGGUAAAUCCCUCAGGUCCCCUCUGGGUCUGCGAAUACAUGAAAGAAAUCACACCGGAGAGAAACCCUACGAGUGUAAGCAGUGUGGGAAAGCCCUCAGUUGUCCCAGUUCCUUUCGAAGACAUGAAAGGACUCACACUGCAGAGAAACAGUAUGAAUGUAAACAGUGUGAGAAAACCUUCAGCUCCCCUCUAGGUUUGCGGAUACAUGAAAGAAUUCACACAGGAGAGAAACCUUAUGAAUGUAAGGAAUGCGGAAAAGCUUUCAUUUCUCUGUCAAGCAUUCGAACCCACAUGAUCACACACACGGGGGAUGGACCUUACAAGUGUAAGGAAUGUGGGAAAGCCUUCAUUUGUCCCAGUUCCUUUCGAUCUCAUGAAAGGACUCACACUGGAGAGAAACCCUAUGAAUGUAAGCAGUGUGGGAAAACCUUCAGUUGGCCCAGUUCUUUUCGAAUACACGAAAGAACACACACUGGCGAGAAACCUUAUGAAUGUAAGGAAUGUGGCAAAACCUUCAUUUAUCGCACAACCUUUCAGGGACACAUGAGAAAGCACACUGGAGAGAAACCCUAUAAAUGUGAGGAAUGUGGGAAAGCCUUCAUUUCUCCCUCAAGUGUUCGAACGCACAUGAUCAUGCACACUGGAGAUGGGCCUUAUAAAUGCAAGGAAUGUGGGAAAGCCUUCAAUUUUCCCAGUUCCUUUCGGAUACACGAAAGGACUCACACAGGAGAGAAGCCCUAUGAAUGUAAACAGUGUGGUAGAGCUUUCAGUUGUUACACGUCCUUUCGGACACACGAGAAAACGCACACUGGAGAAAAACCCUAUGAGUGUAAGGAAUGUGGAAAGGCCUUCAUUUAUCGCACUACCUUUCGAGGACAUGUGAGAAUGCACACUGGUGAGAAACCGUACAAAUGUAAAGAAUGUGGAAAAGCCUUCAGUCGUCCCAAUUCAUUUCGAAGGCAUGAGAGAUCUCACACUGAAUAGAAACUUCCCGAAUGUAAGCAUUGUGGGAAAAACGUUAGUGAACCUUCAUCCUCACAUGUGAAAGCCCCAUGGGAGAGCAGUCCAA